CUCUAAAGAGUUGGAAAAUGGAAUUAUUAAAUUGGCCACAUGCCCAAAAUUUUAAUACAAAUUUGAUUCUUAUCUUGGUGCAAAAAUAAUCGGAAAAUAUUCUAAAAGACCAUUAGAAACCGACGUUGCCAAGCGUUCGCUUUUCUCAUUUGGCGGGAAAUACGACAAGAAACGUCAAAAGCGACACAAACGUCAAUAAUGGUUUUAAAAACAUUUCGUUAAAGGGUUGUUAUGAUAAAACGGCAAUUUUUUGGUAAAAUAUUGAAUAAAUCAGUGAAAUACCUCUCUUGUGGACAAAGGAGGAAAAAAGAUGAACAAUGUCAAAGAGGACAGCACUAUACCCGACCUUGUCAUUAAGCUAUGCAAACAUUUAGCCCGGCAAAAUGAGGAACUGGUGUCACGCCUCAGUAAAAUCGCUUUUCAGUGCCUCACGGGGGCCCCCGGGGCCAACCCCAUCCCCAGUGAAGAGCCUUACGUAGUAAACCAACUGAGAGAGUAUUUAAAAGGGAAAUCUAUAGAGGAUCUCGAUAGGUUCGACCUGAUGUACAGCACUUUGGCCAACUCGAGGAUCAUUAGGGACCGAACAAGUGUCCUAAAGUUCUUGUAUAAUAUAACACUGUCCUCUAAGGAGCCGAUGGUCUUGGCCCCGUCUUUAAGCAACUCGGAGCUUACGACGAUUAGCACCAGGUGGCCCAGCAGUAAAACUUACUCCCGUCUCAAUGUGAGAAGUUCAAGCGAGUCUGCUAGCAUUAGACAAGUGUUUGACCGUGGGGAGCACCGAUUUACCACCGAUACCACCACCUCGGCCGUAGGCAGGGCCACCUCUCAAGCCACCACGAUCUCUUCUGCCGCAUGGUCGCAACACGAGAUGCCCACCACGUCUUCCAAGGGGGUCACCGAGCAGGAGCUUUUGCAAGAUGUUAUUUACAGUUUGCAAGGGAUACAGGGGAAGUUUUUGCGUAGGGAACCGUGCGGAAUGGGCUACACUUUGGACGUUAAAAGCACCAAAUCACUUACGCCGGUGCAACGCGGUUUACUAGAGCGCAUCAUGGGGAUGAGUUUUUUACAUAAGCAACUGAAACAGUAUUGCGAGGAGAACGAGAAGCGAAGCGGGGCCAUCUGUCAGGCCUUUAUUGCCACUUUGAAUAGCGAGUUAUCGGAGUAUUAUAAAACCGUGGCCAUGUUGCAAUCGAACUUGAGUAAGAAUAACUUGGAGCAUAUGACGUUGAGGAGGGUGCUGUAUAUGCUGUUGGACCACAGGAAUCGUUUUGAGUGGUUGGCUUACAUAGCCGAGCAGUGUAGCGAUAAAAAAGGGGGGGCCCUAAUAACGGUGGUGCACGGGUUUUUACAGCAUGGGUCCAAAACCGCCCAGCAAGUCUCCGAGAAGGUUUUAAAGGCCGUUUGUAAGCCCUUGUAUAUUAUGCUCUCCAGGUGGUUGCUGGACGGGGAAAUCAACGAUCCCUGCAACGAGUUUUUUAUCGAGGCUAAAAAUGUUUUGGUGGCUGAACGGUUGUGGCACGACAAGUAUAAUGUGCGGAAAUCGAUGAUUCCUUCAUUCAUUAACAUGGAGCAGGCGCAAAGGAUCCUGGCCACUGGGAAAAGUAUAAACUUCUUGAGGCAGAUUUGUAGGGACGGAGGCCAGUUGCCGGGGCGUGAGGCCUUACAUAAGCUGUUCAACACUACUUCCGCCGAGGCCCUGUUUACUCCCGAGCAGAGCAUAGAGUUUCACUCAACCCUGGAGAAUGUUUAUAAGGAGACUUCUUUGCGCGUGCUCGACUUGCUUAAGAACAAGUUUCAUUUGUACGAGCACCUGCAGUCUUUGAGGAGAUACUUGCUGCUGGGACAGGGAGAUUUCAUACGACACUUGCUGGAGUUACUUUCACCCGAGUUAAACAAACAGGCUUCGGAGAUCUAUGGGCACACCCUCUCCGCUAUAUUAGAGAGCGCCAUAAGGGUUACUAAUGCCCAAUUCGAAGACGAGGACACCCUUAAAAGGUUGAAUAUAAGUUUCAUGAGCCAUUCUAUAGGUGAUUUGGGAUGGGAGGUGUUCAGUUUGGUGUAUAUAGUGGACGGCCCUAUCGGGACCAUAUUUCAGCCCACCAUGCCCACAUACCAAAGCCUUUUCGGGGCUUUAUGGAAGGCCAAGAGGGCCGAGUUUAUUUUGGCCAACAUGCGACGUCAGCAGUUGAGCAUGGCCAAGCUCUUCAGGAAAAUCAAAGAGCUAAAGCCGGUGAUGCAUAUAAUCCACAUUCUGACAAGCAAAAUGAUCCACUUCAUACAUCAAACGCAGUACUACUUUUUGUUCGAGGUGCUCGAAUGUUCGUGGGCCGAGAUGCAGAAUCAAGUGAACAAAGCGGAGUGUCUCGACGGCAUUAUCGAGGCCCACGUGAACUUUUUGUCGUCCGUGCAACGGGGCGUGUUACUAGACGAGAGCUCGCGUCAACUCUUCUCCCACUUGGUUUCCGUCUACAAUUUCGUGGUGAACAUGGAAACGCAACAGAAGACAAUAUACGAGGCGGCCCAGCAGGAGUUUGACGCUUACGUGGCUUAUCGCAAGAAGACGGAAAGUACCGAGAGGUUAGAGAUUACGGCGGAAAUGGAGGCCCAGGCGAAACUACGGGUGGCCAAGUUUCACUUGUUCCUAAACUCGACCAAGACUAAAGUGAGGAGCGACGUGGAGAUGUACGAUCGGAUCGUUAAGAAGUUUUUGGAGUUUCUCGCCUCCAGUUCGAAUAUGAAACUUCAGUUGCUGAGCGUGAGGUUGAGCUUCAAUAAUUUUUAUAAGAUCGCCUGAUGAGAUUGUUGUUUCCUUUUGUUUUUUUUUUAUAAUAAUUGUUAAAUAUCGAAUAUUCUUCCCGGAUUCCAUAGAUUUAUUAUGUACGUACAUAUAUGCAUAGCAAAUAAAGUUGUUUUUUAUA